AAUGAAUGACAAGUAAAUUGAUCAUUACAAGGUUGUACGGUGCUACAAGUUUGUCAAUGCAGCGUAUAAUAUAUGUUUAAUAAUAAUUAAUAUAAUUAUUGAUUGCCAUGAGAUAAAUUAUCAAAAUUAUGGCUGAUGAACGAAAUUUCCGUUCUUCUUAUUAUGAAAAAGUAGGUUUUCGUAGUGUUGAAGAAAAAAAAUCAUUAGAAAUUUUAUUAAAGGAACAGCCAUUUGAUAAAGCAAAAUUAAAACAAUUUUGUCUUCGAUUCACUGUACCUGCAAUCUAUAGGAAUUUCCUAUGGAAAAUAUUGUUGGAUGUUACACCAAUUUAUACAGGAAGUAAUGAUUUUGUAGCAUCACAAAGGAGAGAUGAAUUUCAUGACUUGAGAAAGGCACUGAGAGUUACAAAAAUAGUUGAUGAAAAUUCUAAACCUCACCAAACAUUACUUAUUAUGUGGUUAUUAAGAACAAGACGGGCAAAAUUAGAUAUAAAUGCUCAAUUAGAGUCUUCAUUGUUUAGAGCAAUGAGCAGAAUGGCUGAAAGUCUCUGGCAUAUCAUGGAAGGUGAUCACGAGUAUGAAAAAAUAAUAGAUAUUUAUUGGCUACUGUGUGGAUUUUUAGAUCAUGUUGAUAAAUUUUAUAAUGAUGUUGGAAGAUUAAUAGAUUGUACUUCGGCGCUUCUUGAAAAAGAAGACUCGUGUCUUUAUAAACAUUUAUUAAAAUGUGAAGUUUUGAACAAUAUUCCUUUUGACCAGUGGUUCUGUUCUUGUUUUGCUGAAACUAUUUGUGAUGGAUCUCUUCCAAAAAUUUGGGAUAAAAUCGCUGUUGGAGCUUAUAAAAUUCUUGCUUUUGUUGCGGCUGUUGUUUUUAUAACUCUCAGAAGAUUUCUAUUAAAUUGUGAUAGUACAGAUUGUGUAUUAGAUACUAUUUCACAUAUAAAUGAAGAAACAUCUGAAAUGAUAGUCAACAAAGCAAUAGAGCUGUGGCAACAAAGUGGUUCUGCUCUUGUAACAAUGUCUCCAAACACAAAUAUUAUAAACUCAACAUCAAACGCAUGACGUAUCAAUUAUGAAAUAUAUCCGACCAAAUGUUUUUUUCUACUGAUAUUUUGUAAAUAAUAAAUAUUGCCUGCAUAAAAAUUAACAUUGACUAUAAAGAAAAUAUUCGAACAGAAAAACCAAGUUUAAAAAAAAAGUACACCUUUACUAUUCCUUUAUCUUAAAAAUAAUUAUUUAUUGAUGCAAUCAUACAUCGUACAUAUACAAUUUUCUCGAUGAUAAAUCGAGCUCUAAAUUUUUGUUUAACAGCUAUGCACUCAUAUCUUCUUUCUUUUAUCAUGAUGUUUUAAUUAAUUACGUCUCGUUCGCUAAUUAGUUUUCAUUUUUUUUUAAGUCAAAAAUUUAAUUUAUUGGAUUUUGUAUGUAUUCAUUUCGUACGUAAUUACAGUAUAAAUACAGUGAAUAAACUUGCGCACAAAUAUAAAUUAACGUUUUAUAUGACAUCUAUUUUAUAAAUCUUAUAAGAUAACAAAAAAUUCUUUGUUUUUUUUUUUUCUUGUACACUCCUCCACACUCAAAGAUCUCUGAUUGUAUUAAAAAAAAAAAAAAAUUAAGUAUUUUUUCACCAACUUCAUAAAUUUUUUAUAA